AUGUGGUUCUGGGCACACAUCGGCUUCAUCUACACGGUUGGGCGGCUUCCUAUCGACGACACGGCAACCCCUUUGCCCGCGAGGGACAUCUUCACGUUCUUGAGCGCACAGGACUGCAUCAACUUUCUCCGCUUUUCUCGAGAACAGAUCAUCAUCACGGUGCAGCACCUCUGUGUGCCAGACAUGAUUCGGACAGACUGUGGGUACGUCAUCGCUGGGCGUACGGCACUCUGCGUGCUGCUGUAUCGGCUGGCUUUCCCGUGCCGGUACAAGGACAUGCGCUUGAUAUUUCACAGGUCGGAUUCAUGUCUCUGCGAAACCUUCAACUACAUGCUGCACUUCAUGAAUGAGACGUGGGGGUCGAUGCUGACCCUAGAUUUAGGGAGGCUGGUACCGCGGCUGGACUUUUUCGCAGAGAGGCUACAGACAUGGGGUUGUCCCCUGCCCAACUGCUGGGCGUUCAUCGACGGCACCGUGCGCGCUAUCUGUAGGACGAUACGAGAGCAACGCGCGUUCUUCAACGGACACAAGCGCUACCACGCGAUUAAGCUCCAGAGUGUUGUCACUCCGGACGGCAUCAUGGUAGACCUCUUUGGGCCGGAGCUGGGCACUCGGCAUGACGUCCACCUGUUGCACGAGUCUGGUGUGCUCGUGAUGUGCCAAGAACACAUGAACAGUGCAUCUGGAGACCCGUACGUCGUCUACGGGGACCCCGCGUAUGGCAUGAGUACCCACCUCAACUGCCCGUACUCCGCGGAGGCGUAUGGUCCCCUAUCGGCGGGUAUGAUUGAGUUCAACAAGCAAAUGAGUGCAUGCAGAGUCGCCGUGGAGUGGGUAUUCAAGGAGAUGACGUCGAAGUGGGCAUUCGUUGCGCUCAAGAACCAACAGAAGCAUCUUCUGAGCCCCAUAGGGGUACGUACAGUACAUCCACAGCUGCUUGAACGGGGGCAACGAGAUCUCCCAGUUUUUCGAGUGCCCACCGCCGUCGUUAGAGGAGUACCUGGGUGUUGCGUAAGAUUGUAUGCAGAACGCGUACUGUUCCCAUUCGUGUGUGGUCGCGGUAUCGCCACGAUGAAUGGUCGGCGUACGACUACUACUGUGCUCUGGUGA